AUGGAGAUAUCACUAAAACUCCCCGCCCUUCUCCUAUCUCUCCUCACCACGACCGCAGCCGAUGCUGGCAUCUCACAAUGCCACCCCUCCAAAUUCACAUUCCCCCUUCUCCCCGGUGCAGCUCACAUCCGCACCACCGCCGCCGUCGUGCGGAACUAUACCGGGCACGCGGGCUGGAUGCCCGACGCCGCCGUGUCCGUCCCCCCGUCGGGCGUGGCGCCGUUCUGCAAUGUCACAACAUCUUACACCCACCCGGGCUACGACUUUGUGGUGAGUGUGCACGUCUGGCUCCCGCUGGAACGGCAGGCGUGGAACGGCCGGUUCUUGGGCGUGGGGGGUGGGGGGUUUGUGGCCGGGGAUGUUGAUGGGGAUUUCAUGGCUGCUGGGGUGAUGGGGGGGUAUGCUGUUGCGGCGACGGAUGGGGGGCAUUGGAAGGGGGCACCGGUCAAAGAAUGGGCAGUAAAAAGUAAGGGAAAUUUGGACUGGGAGCGGUUUGUGGAGUUUGCGUUUCGGGGGGUGGGCGAGAUGGGGGACGUUGGGGGCGCGGUUGGCGGUUAUGGGUAUAUUCCUGGGGCGCCGCUGGUGGGAUUGCUUGGGUUGAUGAAUGUGAGGUGUGAUGACGACGGGGGGUGUGAAGGGGAACCAUUCGAGGUUGCUGAAGACUGGAUAAAGUACUUCGUCAAGAAAGAUCCCGAGUUUGACGUGGGGAACAUGACGAUGGAAGAGUUUAGAGAUGUGUUCAGGCAGGGCGUGGAGGAGUUCACGUCCGCGAUUGGGACGUCGCACGACUUGAGGAGGUUCAGGGAGCGCGGGGGCAAGAUGUUGAUGUGGCAUGGGAUGGCCGACCAGACGGUGAUGGUGCUGGCGGCGAGGGCGUUUUACGAACGGGCGAAGAAGCUUGAGGAGAGCCGCGGGGUUGAGGUUGAGGAUUACUGGAGGUAUUUCGAGGUCCCGGGGAUGAAUCAUUGUAGUCCGAUCUACGGCGGGCCGUAUCCGUGGGAUGCGAUGGAGAGGUUGCAGAAGUGGGUGGAGGAGGGGGUCCCGCCGCAAGACCUCGAGGCGAGGACGGUCGGGGAGAAGGACGGGAGGAAAGUGUUUGGGAAAGAGGCUAGGAGAGUUUGUAUGUUUCCGAAGGAGGGCGUGUGGGAUGGGAGUGAGUGGCGGUGUCUUUUGCCCGGUGAGAAGCUGGAUGAGACAAGAGAGGAGCUUUGA